CCACCUUUAUUUUGGCUCGUUGUGGACCUCCCAGAUUAACCGUAUUCCAACGCACCAGUAAGACUAUAGGUGUCCAAAUGGUGUGGAUUUUCCACUAACGAUGCCCCCCAUAGGCUAUCAUGAAGUUCAUACUCCCUGCUACCCUCGCAUUCAUUACUUCGGUAUUCGCGAAGUGCUCAUACACAAACACGAGCUCGUCCUUCCGUAUUUUGUUAAGCUCAGAAGUGAAUUGUGGUGGCUCGACAUUGGAGAUGGAGCAGGGAAAGGAUAUGCCAUGCGCGUGCGCACCGGUCCCUUCGGGGUUGGUAGGCAAUUUGAGCUCGAUAGUUACCCAGGCAAGCAGCGUAGUCGGGGAAGUGCGUUUGUUCUUGGACCUGGACUGCUCGGGCGUACCCUAUGGUAAGUGCUAUCCUCCGGCGUCUCGGUCGUGUAUUUAAAUGGGAUGUCAGCGACGCACUCUGGAAAAUGGAUGGACUCAAACGUGACAGGACCAUUGAAAUACCUUCAAACUUUCAGUUUCUG